AUGGGUGUGAUGAACACAAGUGAUUCAAGUAUUCUUAGUGAUGUCAUCGACCAGGAAAUGCUUCAGGAAAUACAUCAACACAUGUGGCUGGAUGGCCGCAACUGUCUAUCUGGACCCCACCAGCAGAUCCCUGAGUGGUACUAUCUCCCUCACAACAACUGUCUAUCUGGACCCCACCAGCAGAUCCCUGAGUGGUGCUAUCUCCCUCACAACAACUGUCUAUCUGGACCCCACCAGCAGAUCCCUGAGUGGUGCUAUCUCCCUCACAACAACAACUGUCUAUCUGGACCCCACCAGCGAUCCCUGAGUGGUACUAUCUCCCUCACAACAACUGUCUAUCUGGACCCCACCAGCAGAUCCCUGAGUGGUGCUAUCUCCCUCACAACAACAACUGUCUAUCUGGACCCCACCAGCAGAUCCCUGAGUGGUACUAUCUCCCUCACAACAACUGUCUAUCUGGACCCCACCAGCAGAUCCCUGAGUGGUGCUAUCUCCCUCACAACAACUGUCUAUCUGGACCCCACCAGCAGAUCCCUGAGUGCGAUCCCUGAGUGGUACUAUCUCCCUCACAACAACUGUCUAUCUGGACCCCACCAGCAGAUCCCUGAGUGGUGCUAUCUCCCUCACAACAACUGUCUAUCUGGACCCCACCAGCAGAUCCCUGAGUGGUGCUAUCUCCCUCACAACAACAACUGUCUAUCUGGACCCCACCAGCGAUCCCUGAGUGGUGCUAUCUCCCUCACAACAACUGUCUAUCUGGACCCCACCAGCAGAUCCCUGAGUGGUACUAUCUCCCUCACAACAACUGUCUAUCUGGACCCCACCAGCAGAUCCCUGAGUGGUGCUAUCUCCCUCACAACAACUGUCUAUCUGGACCCCACCAGCAGAUCCCUGAGUGGUGCUAUCUCCCUCACAACAACUGUCUAUCUGGACCCCACCAGCAGAUCCCUGAGUGGUACUAUCUCCCUCACAACAACUGUCUAUCUGGACCCCACCAGCAGAUCCCUGAGUGGUGCUAUCUCCCUCACAACAACUGUCUAUCUGGACCCCACCAGCAGAUCCCUGAGUGGUACUAUCUCCCUCACAACAACUGUCUAUCUGGACCCCACCAGCAGAUCCCUGAGUGGUACUAUCUCCCUCACAACAACUGUCUAUCUGGACCCCACCAGCAGAUCCCUGAGUGGUACUAUCUCCCUCACAACAACUGUCUAUCUGGACCCCACCAGCAGAUCCCUGAGUGGUGCUAUCUCCCUCACAACAACUGUCUAUCUGGACCCCACCAGCAGAUCCCUGAGUGGUGCUAUCUCCCUCACAACAACUGUCUAUCUGGACCCCACCAGCAGAUCCCUGAGUGGUACUAUCUCCCUCACAACAACUGUCUAUCUGGACCCCACCAGCAGAUCCCUGAGUGGUGCUAUCUCCCUCACAACAACUGUCUAUCUGGACCCCACCAGCAGAUCCCUGAGUGGUGCUAUCUCCCUCACAACAACUGUCUAUCUGGACCCCACCAGCAGAUCCCUGAGUGGUACUAUCUCCCUCACAACAACUGUCUAUCUGGACCCCACCAGCAGAUCCCUGAGUGGUGCUAUCUCCCUCACAACAACUGUCUAUCUGGACCCCACCAGCAGAUCCCUGAGUGGUACUAUCUCCCUCACAACAACUGUCCAUCUGGACCCCACCAGCAGAUCCCUGAGUGGUGCUAUCUCCCUCACAACAACUGUCUAUCUGGACCCCACCAGCAGAUCCCUGAGUGGUGCUAUCUCCCUCACAACAACUGUCACUGGCUUGUCUAACACAGCAACAGCACAUUGUGUCCUCAUCAAGCAAAGACAAACAAGGAAAAUCCUUAGAACUUUUUAA